AUUGUGAAACGAUAUAGAAGAUAGCAGUAAACACGCAUCACCGCGAGGAUGGUCACGCUAACAUGCUCUCUCCGUAACCUUUUCUCAAACGCUCGCGGAUAUUAUUAUCAACGUUCAUAUGGAGUACUUACCGGUCAACAGCACACAAGCUCGGACUCAAAUCAGUACAAUGGACAGCUGUACACAACUCACAUCCCAACCAACCCUGUCCAGAAAGCUCUUUUGGCUGUUGGUUCUGGAGUGGCCGCCCUACACAACCCCUACAGACAUGAUAUGGUUGCAGUGCUUGGGGAGACCACCGGGCACCAGGCCUUGAUCAAGUUACGGGACAGGAUGAGAAAUGACCCUGAAGGCUGCACUAUUCUCAUAGAGCGUCCUAGGAUCCGUCUGUCUACACUGGACCUCACUGGAAUGUAUGCUUUGCCUGAUGGGUCGCUAGGAAGAGAGUAUCUCCGUUUCCUAGAAGAAAAUAGAGUCACCCCCGACUCGCGGGCUGAUGUGAAGUUUGUAGAUAAUGAGGAGCUAGCGUACGUCAUGCAGCGAUAUCGUGAAGUCCAUGACAUGUUACAUACUUUGCUUGGCAUGCCCAUCAACAUAUUGGGUGAGGUUACUGUGAAGUGGUAUGAAGCUGCACAGACUGGCUUGCCCAUGUGUAUUCUUGGUGCAACACUUGGACCCCUCCAUCUAUCUGUCAGUCAUCUACAGAUGCUGCUUCAGUCUCUGGGACCAUGGGCCCUGCGCAGCGGUAGUCGUGCCCGUUGUGUUCUGAGCAUCUUCUAUGAACGCCGCUGGGAGCAGAACCUGGAUGAGCUCAGACAGGAACUGAACAUUGAGCCACCACCUCUUAAUCUUUUUCAAACCAAGAAAAAUACAUCCUGUAACUCUUAACUAACCUGUCCUGUAACUGUUAUAAUAGAAGGAAAUGCUAGCUCAGUCAUCAAAAAAUGUACAUAGAUCCUACUGGAAAAAAUAUAUAAUCUCGCUGUUUCCUUCUUCCUUCUAAAACAGGAAAUGCUGCCUGAAAAUAAAAAGUGACCACAUCAAAAAAACA